AUGAAUUCCAAUCGUAUUGAAGAUUAUUUUACUCAAGAAUUCUUUGAUGAUUUUAGAGAGUCUGAACCUGAACCGACUAUUACUUCACCUGGCUAUUCUAGCAACAAUGAAUCUUUAUUUGCAAAUGAUCUUUUAGUCAUAGAUGAUAAUUUAUUUGUAGAUGAAGAUUCACAUAUAAAAGAAACUUUAUUAACUAAUGAAAGUUUAUCAAAAAGUCAUAAUUUAUCAGCAACAUAUAAUAUUCAUAAAUUUUCUGUUUGGUCAUAUUUUAAAAAACAUCAAGCUCCAAACAAAAAGAGUAUUGAGGUUACUACAGCCUUUUGCCAUAUUUCUGGAUGUAAAGUAUUAUGUGCUUAUCACAGAUCAACAACAAAUUUACUAGAUCACCUUCGAAAAAAACAUAAUAUAACUAAAGAAAGUGAAUAUAAUAAAUAUAUUCAACAGAAUAUUUCUGAAAAAAAACUUAUUCAACAAAAGCUUGAACAUAUUCUAAUAAAGCUACAUGAUUUAAGAAAACAAGAAAAAAUAAUUCAAAAGCUUUUAAAGCUAAUUGUUAGAGAAAAACUUCCUCUUAUUCUUAUAGAACGCAAAGGUUUAGAGAAUUUGUUAAUUAUAUUGAUCCUUGCUUUAAAAUUCCAUGCGUAA